CUUGGGUGCCGUCAGCUCAGGGCAAGCGACGAGCUCUCUCCGCCGGGAAGAAAGCAAACGGUGGUUCGCGAGCCGAGCUGCGUGGGGAGGGGGAAGAUGCAGGUGAAGCAGAAGGUGUACGAGCUCUACAAGGGCACGGUGGCGCGGGUCACGGGCCCGCGCACCGGCUCGUCGUUCCUCAAGACGGGCGUCCUCUCCGUGCCCGAGUUCAUCCUCGCCGGCGACAACCUCGUCGCCAAGUGCCCCACCUGGUCCUGGGAAGCGGGCGAUCCAAGCAAGAGGGAGCCGUAUCUUCCCGCCGAUAAGCAGUUCCUCGUCACCAGGAACGUGCCUUGCCCAAGACGUGCCAUCUCGGUCGAGGAAGAGUAUGAUGCAGCAGGAGCUGAGGUGGUUCUAGAUGAUGAUGAGGACGGUGAGGGUUGGCUCGCAACACAUGGGUUGCAAGCAUCAAAUCCAGAAGAGGAGGAAGGCAUACCCUCUAUGGAUAAGUUGGAUAUAGGGAAAUCUGAAGGGAUAAAGUCUAUCCCCUUAUACUUUGAUGGCAGUAAGAAGGAGGAAGAGGAGGAGGAUAUACCUGACAUGGACACCUACGAAGACACACAGGAUUAUUUGGCUGCUGCUGAGCCAUCAUACUUUGUCGCAGAAGAGCCCGAUGAUGACAACAUCCUUCAUACUAGAACAUAUGAUGUUAGCAUAACGUAUGACAAAUACUACCAAACUCCACGUGUCUGGCUGACUGGAUAUGACGAGUCAAGAAUGCCACUAAAGCCUGAGCUUGUGUUUGAAGAUAUCAGCCAAGACCAUGCACGAAAAACGGUGACUAUUGAAGACCAUCCUCACUUAUUGGCAGGAAAGCAUGCUUCAGUGCAUCCAUGCAAACAUGCAGCUGUGAUGAAAAAGAUUGUUGAUGUUCUAAUGUCUCGAGGAGUUCAACCAGAAGUUGACAAGUACCUUUUCAUAUUUUUGAAAUUUAUAGCCUCUGUCAUACCUACUAUUGAGUAUGACUACACUAUGGACUUUGACCUGGGCAGUACAAGCUGAUGACAGGUUAAUUGAAGGAAGACGAAGAGUCGUACAGAAGGCACACAAUGACUGAAUUGCUUAUUAGUUGAAAGUAUUUGUGCAUGUGUGUUCGUUCCUUUGGAUUACAAUUGUAAACUUUGAACUCUGAAAUCAAGACUGAUUCUCCUUGUACAUUGUAACGCUGUGUGCUUGUGUAUCGUUUGAAUUCGUCUCCUUUCAUAUUUAAUCCA